UGGCUAUCAGAACCUUUUCAAUACAACACACUAACACACACACAGCAGAUAGCAAAGAGACCUGGCUGCCUGCCUUCCUGCCUGCCUGCCUUUCUGCCUGCCUCUUGCCUGCCUGCCUGCCAAACACAGAAACAGAUCCUUCUGUUACCAGAAACUGUAGCUCACUGCAAUCAGAAUCUAUCAACAACACGCAGGAGGGGAGUGGGAGACAUAGGUAGCUUGAGUCCCGGAGAUGAGACGUGGCUGCGAUAGGAGACCUGUACUCAGGACCAUGGGAAGAGUUCUCUCUCUGUUGGACUGCUGAGGAACCUCUGACAUCACCACUGUGUGCACGGGAACCUCUGACAUCACCACUGUGUGCACGGGAACCUCUGACAUCACCACUGUGUGCACAGGAACCUCUGACAUCACCACUGCCCCUGAGGAGCCUCGUAUGGAUACCGGUCACCAGUCUGUUAAUCAAGACCGUCAGCCAAAACCUCACGGGCACACUAUGAUUGGUGUGGGGGUGGAUGGGGAGUCGUUGGAGCACGGAGACACAACUAUCAUACCUAUCGCAGCUAUUAGAGGAGUGGACUCAGGUGAUGUUGCUGUUCAGCUGGACUCACACCCUGUGGUGGAAAGUACUCAGAUUACAGGGCGUGCUGAGUUUGAAACACCCACUGUUCAAAUACUCCCCUCAGUACAGGACCAUGCAACAGAGGAGGACUCAUUCUUAAACACAUCGAAACACAGAGAAUUCUCCCUGAAGAAGGAGGAGGAGAGAGAGAAAGUGGAGAAGAGAGGGAUAGAGGAUGUCAGAAAGAAAUAUGGAGAGAGAGAUAAAGAGAAGGAGUUAAGUGAAGAUAAAGAGACAGAUGGAGAAAUAAAUAAAGACAAAGACAGAGAGAAAGAGAAGAAGAGAGAGGAGCAGAGUGAGAGACAACACAUGCAGACCCAGGUUAGUCUGGAGGUGGAUCAGCACCACUCUGUAGCCACCAGCCCCAUGACCCCACCCCAGGGGGUCGGCGCCGAUGCCUUCCCCUUCCCAGCAGCCUCUAGGAGUCUGGAGGUGGUCCAGUACCACUCUGUAGCCACCAGCCCCAUGACCCCACCCCAGGGGGUCGGUGCCGACGCCUUCCUCUUCCCAGCAGCCUCUAGGAGUCUGGAGGUGGUCCAGUACCACUCUGUAGCCACCAGCCCCAUGACCCCACCCCAGGGGGUCGGCGCCGACGCCUUCCCCUUCCCAGCAGCCUCUAGGAGUCUGGAGGUGGUCAAGUAUCACGCUGUAGCCACCAGCCCCAUGACCCCACCCCAGGGGGUCGGCGCCGACGCCUUCCCCUUCCCAGCAGCCUCUAGGAGUCUGGAGGUGGUCCAGUAUCACGCUGUAGCCACCAGCCCCAUGACCCCACCCCAGGGGGCCGGCGCUCCGGUCUUCCUCUUCCAAUUAGCCUCUAUGGGGCCGGGGGUGGAGACUAAAGAUGCAGAGCUGCAAGAGGGGCACCAGCUGGAGUUCUGUUCUGUUACCACAGCAUCCAUUGCUUCAAACAACACCCCCACAGUCCCCGCUGCCUUCCCAGAGCUCAGCAGGAGAGAAGACGAGGCGAGGAAGGAGGUGAGGAGAAAUAAACAGGGGAGGGACGAGAGGGAAUCUACAUCAGACUCUGUUGUAGUUACUCCUCGUCUGAUGUCAUCCCCGGUACUGAAAUGUAGCGCUCUGAAAGAGGACGUGGCUGAAGAGACAAAGUCACAGUCCAACAUCCCUCCAGAUAGCUCUGUUGACUCAGAUCCUCAGACUGACAGACUCGGUCACAACUACGCCGGUGAACCAGCACCAGUGGAGGUUAAAAGGAGAGGGCGACAUGGGGCGACUGGGGACGCUGUCGAUCAAGAGAUCACCAUUCUGGUGACUCAUCAUGACAGCUUUGGAGUUGAGGAAGAAGAGGAGGAGGAAGAGGAGGAGGAGAGAAGGGGGGAGGAGAGAAGGGAGGAUAUUAUGUCAUUUAUUCACUGCACUGAGCCUGAAGGGUCUGUGGAGGUUGACAACAGUGAGGGGGUGAAAGUCGUUCCUCCAGUGCCCCAAAACAGCCUGGACGAUGGGAGGAGUGACGACACAGCUCAACCCAAAACCACAAGGACUGUCAUGAACCUACACUCACACGCAAACAGACAGGAAGAUUCUCUCCCUCCAUCCGGUGAAGACAUCCGAACAGAAACGAAGCAGAUGACAUCACCACAAUCUCUGACUAAAAACAAGCACCCAGAACACAUAGGAGAAGAAUCGAAGCUCCGCUUUAGUGAGGAGCAAACCAACCAGAGAGAACAGUGCAGCCUAGUGGACAGGAAUGGAACUGCCCAAUCCAACCAGACAGAACAGCGCAGCCUAGUGGACAGUAGUGGAAGUCCUCAACCCAACCAGACAGAACAGCUCCAGCCCCCUCUAAUUGGCCCUCCAGUCCCUGGCUUCCUGGCCCUGCAGCAGCAGACCCAGGUUAGUCUGGAGGUGGCUCAGCACCACUCUGUAGCCACCAGCCCCAUGACCCCACCCCAGGGGGCCGGCGCCGACGCCUUCCUCUUCCCAGCAGCCUCUAGGAGUCUGGAGGUGGUUCAGUAUCACUCUGUAGCCACCAGCCCCAUGACCCCACCCCAGGGGGUCGGCGCCGACGCCUUCGUCUUCCCAGCAGCCUCUAGGAGUCUGGAGGUGGUUCAGUAUCACUCUGUAGCCACCAGCCCCAUGACCCCACCCCAGGGGGUCGGCGCCGACGCCUUCAUCUUCCCAGCAGCCUCUAGGAGUCUGGAGGUGGUUCAGUAUCACUCUGUAGCCACCAGCCCCAUGACCCCACCCCAGGGGGCUGGCGCCGAUGCCUUCCUCUUCCCAGCAGCCUCUAGGAGUCUGGAGGUGGUCCAGUACCACUCUGUAGCCACCAGCCCCAUGACCCCACCCCAGGGGGCCGGCGCUCCGGCCUUCCUCUUCCCAGCAGCCUCUAGGAGGAUGGAGGUGGUUCAGUAUCACUCUGUAGCCACCAGCCCCAUGACCCCACCCCAGGGGGUCGGCGCCGACGCCUUCAUCUUCCCAGCAGCCUCUAGGAGUCUGGAGGUGGUUCAGUAUCACUCUGUAGCCACCAGCCCCAUGACCCCACCCCAGGGGGCUGGCGCCGAUGCAUUCCUCUUCCCAGCAGCCUCUAGGAGUCUGGAGGUGGUCCAGUACCACUCUGUAGCCACCAGCCCCAUGACCCCACCCCAGGGGGCCGGAGCUCCGGUCUUCCUCUUCCAAUUAGCCUCUAUGGGGCCGGGGGUGGAGACUAAAGAUGCAGAGCUGCAAGAGGGGCACCAGCUGGAGUUCUGUUCUGUUACCACAGCAUCCAUGGCUUCAAACAACACCCCCACAGUCCCCGCUGUCUUCCCAGAGCUCAGCAGGAGAGAAGACGAGGCGAGGAAGGAGGUGAGGAGAGAGAAACAGGGGAGGGACGAGAGGGAAUCUACAUCAGACCCUGUUGUAGUUACUCCUCGUCUGAUGUCAGCCCCGGUACUGAAAUGUAGCGCUCUGAAAGAGGACGUGGCUGAAGAGACAAAGUCACAGUCCAACAUCCCUCCAGAUAGCUCUGUUGACUCAGAUCCUCAGACUGAAGGACUCGGUCACAACUACGCCGGUGAACCAGCACCAGUGGAGGUUAAAAGGAGAGGGCGACAUGGGGCGACUGGGGACGCUGUCGAUCAAGAGAUCACCAUUCUGGUGACCCAUCAUGACAGCUUUGGAGUUGAGGAAGAAGAGGAGGAGGAAGAGGAGGAGAGAAGGGGGGAGGAGAGAAGGGAGGAUAUUAUGUCAUUUAUUCACUGCACUGAGCCUGAAGGGUCUGUGGAGGUUGACAACAGUGAGGGGGUGAAAGUCGUUCCUCCAGUGCCCCAAAACAGCCUGGACGAUGGGAGGAGUGACGACACAGCUCAACCCAAAACCACAGGGACUGUCAUGAACCUACACUCACACGCAAACAGACAGGAAGAUUCUCUCCCUCCAUCCGGUGAAGACAUCCGAACAGAAACGAAGCAGAUGACAUCACCACAAUCUCUGACUAAAAACAAGCACCCAGAACACAUAGGAGAAGAAUCGAAGCUCCGCUUUAGUGAGGAGCAAACCAACCAGAGAGAACAGUGCAGCCUAGUGGACAGGCGUGGAACUCCCCAAUCCAACCAAACAGAACAGCGCAGCCUAGUGGACAGUAGUGGAACUGCCCAAUCCAACCAGACAGAACAGCGCAGCCUAGUGGACAGUAGUGGAACUUCCCAAUCCAACCAGACAGAACAGCGCAGCCUAGUGGACAGUAGUGGAACUGCCCAAUCCAACCAGACAGAACAGCGCAGCCUAGUGGACAGGAAUGGAACUGCCCAAUCCAACCAGACAGAACAGCGCAGCCUAGUGGACAGUAGUGGAACUGCCCAAUCCAACCAGACAGAACAGCGCAGCCUAGUGGACAGGCGUGGAACUCCUCAACCCAACCAGACAGAACAGCUCCAGCCCCCUCUAAUUGGCCCUCCAGUCCCUGGCUCCCUGGCCCUGCAGCAGCAGACCCAGGUUAGUCUGGAGGUGGCUCAGCACCACUCUGUAGCCACCAGCCCCAUGACCCCAUCCCAGGGGGCCGGCGCCGAUGCCUUCCCCUUCCCAGCAGCCUCUAGGAGUCUAGAGGUGGUCCAGUACCACUCUGUAGCCACCAGCCCCAUGACCCCACCCCAGGGGGUCGGCGCCGACGCCUUCCUCCUCCCAUCAUCCUCUAGGAGGAUGGGGGUGGAGUUUAAGGACACUGAGCUGCAAGUGGGCCGGCAGGUGGAGUUCCAUUCUGUCUCCACGGCACCCAGGUUUCCAAAACCGGCUCCCGCCGCCCCCGCAGCCUUCCCAGAGCUCAGCGGACGAGAGGGGGAGGAGAAGAAAGAGGAGAAAAGGGCUAAGGAGAGAAAGGUGGAGGAGAGUACAAAAGAGAAGAAGGAGGAGAGAAGGGAAGAGGAACCUGAUAAGCAAACAGAGGACAAAAAUAAGGAGGGAAAAACGAAGGAGACAACGGAAGAGAAGAGGUCGGACGAGCUGGUGCAGGAAGUGAGGUCGGACGAGCUGGUGCAGGAAGUGAGGUCGGACGAGCUGGUGCAGGAAGUGAGGUCGGACGAGCUGGUGCAGGAAGUGAGGUCGGACGAGCUGGUGCAGGAAGUGAGGUGGGACGAAAGGGGGAUGACGUGGGAGGUGUAUGGGGCGGUGGUAGAGGUAGCCGUCCUGGGCUCAGCCAUACAGAAACACCUGGAGAAACAGGUUCAGAAGCUCAGAAAGCAUCCCUCUCCUGCCCUGCCUCCCCCUCCUCCCCUCAACCCAGCUGCCAUGCCCCUGCCCACCACCCUUCCCCUCAAGGCAGCCACCAUGCCCCUGCACUCCACCCCUCCUCCCCUAAACCCAGCCGCCAUGCCCCUGCCCACCACCCCUCCUCCAGCCUCUGGGACCACCCAGGUGUUGUCAGGUAAGGGCUCGACCAGGAAGAGAGGGGAGCCGGAGGGGAAGAGAAGCAGGCGCCGGAGGAACCCUUUCCGUUUGCUGUUGAAGAACAUGCAGCAGCACAAAUGUUGCUCUCGAGCUCAUUCCACUGAGUGACACUGCAGGAACAUCAUCCAUAACCACCUUCCUUACCCCUUCCUUCACUUACUACAUUACAUCAUGGCCUUACCACUUCCUGGACUUACUACAUUACAUCAUGGCCUUACCACUUCCUGGACUUACUACAUUACAUCAUGGCCUUACCACUUCCUGGACUUACUACAUUACAUCAUGGCCUUACCCCUUCCUGGACUUACUACAUUACAUCAUGGCCUUACCCUUUCCUGGACUUACUACAUUACAUCAUGGCCUUACCCCUUCCUGGACUUACUACAUUACAUCAUGGCCUUACCCCUUCCUGGACUUACUACAUUACAUCAUGGCCUUACCCCUUCCUGGACUUACUACAUUACAUCAUGGCCUUACCCCUUCCUGGACUUACUACAUUACUUCAUGGCCUUACCACUUCCUCUGCUCCCUCAACCACUGGACUGCAGUAAACUGUUACAAUUAUCUUUACACCAUCUCCCAAGCCACUGGACUGCAACAUUAAUUCAUCAUCUAAGCCAAAAUAGUUCAGCCAUACCUACACUAUGUUAGCAGCCAUGCAAGCUAACUUUAGCAGCCUGUUUGACUAUUGAACUUCAGUUUAACUACAUCCCAGAUAGCACAUAACGUUCUGAGAACCAUACAGUGCAUCCGGAAAGUUUACAGACCCUUUGACGUUUUGCAAAAUGUUCCUUUACAGCCUUAUUCUAAAAUGGAUUAAAAAAAAUUGUUUCUCAUCAAUCUACACACAAAACCCCAUAAUGACAAAGCGAAAACAGGUUUUUGUAGACAUUUUUGCUAAUUUGUGACUUGUUUGAAGAAACUAGGUGUAUUUUGCACGUUUCUACUUCACAGGAGAGCCGUUUUUUUAAAUCAAAAUGUGUUUUUUGGCAGAAAUGCCUUCUGGAACAUGUGAACUUUCAUGUGCCUUAACAACAUACUUGUAUUCCAUCUGUAAAUACAAAUCAAAUUGUUAAAUUACGAGCCUAGUUGGUUCAGCCACACAAAAAGAAAGCAACCUUCCUGCUAGCCAUGAUUGGCUGAGAUAAUGAAUGGGCUGGACAUGCUGAGAGAUGAGUUCGGAUUGGUCUCCCAUGUAGCAGGCUUCUGUUUAUUUGAGCUGGUCAGUAUGUGUAGGUAAUCCUUUCUAUCGCAGCUUUUUUAUUUUUUAAAGAUAUCACAUAUGAGAACUGCAUAAGUGUUCCUCUCUAAUUUCUGAAGGACCGAGUUUUGAAAUCAUUGGAAUUAGAGUCUGAUAACUAAGGAGAUGGAAAAAAUACUUGUCUCCGGAUUACAUGUUCAAACUAAGGGCAACUAUGGCAUCCGUGACAGAGAGGGAGAAGCGUCCAUUUAUUUUAUUUAUUUUUUAUUUUACCGUUAUUUUACCGUUAUUUUACCAGAUAAGUUGACUGAGAACACAUUCUCAUUUGCAGCAACGACCUGGGGAAUAGUUACAGGGGAGAGGAGGGGGAUGAAAAAGCCAAUUGUCCAUCCAUGUAGCUAGCUAAAUCUUCAGAUGUUACACGUUUCUAAUUUUGUCAGAAAGUCAUUUUAAUUUCAAGUUAAAGUGUACUGUUAGCUAGCCUCUCUAACGUUAGCUGGCUGGCUCACUAGCUAUUGUUACGUGUAUGAUUUGUGUAGUAAUAUUAGAGCCAUUUGGUUUGCUAGUGAUAGCCUCAUUUUGUCUAGCUAACAUUGAACCUUGUUGGUUAGCCACCUGCAGAUUGAUGCAGGGUAGUAACAUCAUGAUUUGGGAUUAUGGUUAAUGGUUUAGCUAGCUAGCUACAUAUCUUAACAAACGACUCCAAUAUGCAAGUAACCAUUUCAAUAGAAUGUUCAAGGUGUCACUGCGAUAAAUGUUGAUAGACUUGGCUGGUAAAUUCGCUCUGGCUUCAGAACACUCUCGUCUGAGUGUGCUCGAGUGCAGAAUUACUAACAAAUUUAUGAACGCUCAACACCCAUUAAAUAGGGCUGGUGUUGGUAAACGUUGGUAAAAAAAAGCGUAAUUAAAUUGCUGCCAGCAACACAAUAACAGUCACCAACGCUCUGGAUAACAUGAAAACAGCCUAACCAGCUCUGCUAGGGUGAGUAAAAUGAUCAGAGUGAGCUGUUCUCUCAUUUGAAUUGGAAGUAGCUAACAAGCUAUCUAACGUUAGCCAAUUAGCUACUGUUGUAAGGACAGAACUCUCGGAUAAACCCUACUCCUCGACCGUACAUGCAAAUCAUUGAAGAGAUGGGUGGGGCAAAAGCUUAAGAGGGUGUGAACAAUGUUGAAUGGGUGUAGACAAAGAUGUAGGUGCACCAAAACAUUCAAAGGCUAUUUUCUCAAAAGUGAUGUUACAAGUUGAUCAACUUUCAAAGCAGAAUUACUUUCCCAUUGUUCCUAAACUGUAGUGUAUGAUAUACUAUUUUCUAGCUCUGAGUCUCUAGUGUUAUCCAAUGUAAAAAACACAAUUUCAUAUUUUUCUACAUUAGACCGAAUCUAGCCGGUUGGUCACAUGUAUUAAAAAUAAAAACAGAAAUACCUUAUAUACAUAAGAAUUCGGACCCUUUGCUAUGAGACUUGAAAUUGAGCUCAGGUCCAUCCUGUUUCCAUUGAUCAUCCUUGAGAUGUUUCUACAGCUUAAUUGUAGUCCACCUGGUGGUAAAUUCAAUUGAUUGGACAUGAUUUGGAAAGGCACACACCUGUCUAUAUAAGGUCCCACAGUUCACAGUGCAUGUCAGAGCAAAAAACAAGCCAUGAGGUCAAAGUAAUUGUCCAGAGAGCUCUGAGACAGGAUUGUGGGAAGGCACAGAUCUGGGGAAGGGUACCAAAACAUUUCUGCCGCAUUGAAGGUCCCAAAGAACACAGUGGCCUCCAUCAUUCUUAAAAGGAAGAAGUUUGUAUACACCAAGACUCUUCCUAGAGCUGACCGCCCAGCCAAACUGAGCAAUCGAGGGAGAAUAGCCUUGGUCAGGGAAGUGACCAAGAACCUAAUGGUCACUCUAACAGAGCUCCAGAGUUUCUCUGGGGAUAUGGGAGAACCUUCCAGAAGGACAACCGGUAGCCACUACUCAGUAAAAGGCACAUGACAUCCCACUUGGAGUUGGGCUGUCAGGACUCUCUGACCAUGAGAAACAAUAUUCUCUGGUCUGAGGAAACCAAGAUUGAACUCUUUGGCUUGAAUGCCAAGCGUCACGUCUGGAGGAAACCUGGCACCAUCCCUAUGGUGAAGCAUGGUGGUGGCAGCAUCAUGCUGUGUGGAUGUUUAUCAACAGCAGGUACUGGGAGACUAGUCAGGAUCGAGGGAAAGAUGAACGGAGCAAAGUACAGAGAGAUCCUUGAUGAAAACCUGCUCCAGAGUGCUCAGGACCUCAGACUGGGGGCAAGGUUCACCUUCCAACAGGACAAUGACCCUAAGCACACAGCCAAGACAACGCAGGAGUGGCUUCUGGGCAAAUCUCUGAAUGUCCUUGAGUGGCCCAGCCAGAGCCCGGACUUGAACCAGAUCAAACAUCUCUGAAGAGACCUGAAAAUAGCUGUGCAGCGACACUCCCCAUCCAACCUGACAGAGCUUGAGAGGAUUUACAGAGAAGAAUUGGAGAAGCUCCCGAAGUACAGGUUUCCCAAGCUUGUAGCGUCAUACCCAAGAAGAUUCAAGGCUUUAACCGCUACCAAAGGUGCUUCAACAAAGUACUGAGUAAAGGGUCUGAAUACUUAUGCAAAUUGUAUAUUUCAGUUAAUUUUUUACAUACAUUUGUAAAAAAAAUUCAAUAAAAUGUUUAGCUGUUUUUGCUUUGUCAUAAUGCGUUAUUGUGUGUAGAUUGAUGAGGGGAAAAAAAUAUUUUAUCAAUUUUAGAAUAUGGCUCUAGCGUAACAAAAUGUGUUAAAAGCCAAGGGGUCUGAAUACUUUCCCAAUGUACCUUUUGUUUCUUAGAGCUUGGUGAGAGUGUGGUUAUCCUAUGGUUAUUAUGUGUACAACCUUCCCACAACGUUCUGGGAAUGUGGCAGGAUAGUUUCUUGGCUUUGGAACAUUCUCAGCACAUUUAAAAACUUGACCAAAAAAACACAAUUUAUUUGGUAGUUCAUUACUUUAACAGAACGUUUCCUGUUCUUGGAACGUUCUCCAACUGGUUUGGGAAUUUUCAUCGAAUAGUUCAGAGAACGUUAAGAAACAAUGUUUUUUCUGUGGGAAUUUUCAGUACUUCAGCAUAGCGUUUCCUACAGGUUUUCAUCGUGGUUUUAUGUUAGAGAAUGUUAGGAAAACCGCAGAUAAAAACCACAAGAAAAUGUAGUAACAUUCUGAGAAUGUUACUAAGGAUGUUAUUUAAAAACAUACGUUCCCUUCUCAAAACUUUAAAGGGGAAACUUCACCAUUUUUCUACUUCAUAUAAAUAAUCUACAGCACCACUCCAACAUCAACAUAUGUGAAAAUGGUGUGUUUCUAUGUUUUGAUAAGUAAAACAGAUAGAGGAAGAUAAGUGUUUACAAUGACAUCAUCGGUGUACAUCGUGUGAUUUUGAUCAAUUGUGAGUAGGCAUUACCUACUAAUUGACUACUAUUUGCUUACUAAUUGCAUACUAAUUGCUUACUAUUUGCUUACUAAUCGCCUACUAACUGACUACUAUUUGCUUACUAAUUGCCUACUAAUUGACCACUAUUUGCUUACUAAUUGCCUACUAAUUGACUACUAUUUGCCUACUAAUUGCCUACUAAUUGCUUACUAUUUGCUUACUAAUUGCCUACUAAUUGACUACUAUUUGUCUACUAAUUGCCUACUAUUUUCCUAAUAAAUUGCCUACUAAUUGUCUACUAUUUGCCUACUAAUUGCCUACUAAUUGCCUACUAAUUGCUUACUAUUUGCUUACUAAUUGCCUACUAAUUGACUACUAUUUGUCUACUAAUUGCCUACUAUUUUCCUAAUAAAUUGUCUACUAAUUGUCUACUAUUUGCCUACUAAUUGCCUACUAAUUGCCUACUAAUUGCUUACUAUUUGCUUAGUAAUUGCCUACUAAUUGACUACUAUUUGUCUACUAAUUGCCUACUAUUUUCCUAAUAAAUUGCCUACUAAUUGUCUACUAAUUGCCUACUAAUUGACUACUAUUUGUCUACUAAUUGCCUACUAUUUUCCUAAUAAAUUGCCUACUAAUUGUCUACUAUUUGCCUACUAAUUGCCUACUAAUUGCUUACUAUUUGCUUACUAAUUGCCUACUAAUUGACUACUAUUUGUCUACUAAUUGCCUACUAUUUUCCUAAUAAAUUGCCUACUAAUUGUCUACUAAUUGUCUACUUAUUGGUUGAUGAUGCCAUUAGAAACGUUUAUCUUCUCUAUCUUUUUUAAUACAAAACAUAGAAAAGCGUCAUUUUGGGGCGAUGAUGAAAACUUCUCAUAAAAACCACAAGAAAACGUAUUUUUUUUUAAAACCAUUCAGUUCAUCAAAACUGUCUCUAUCGUCUAUGUGUCUUGAUGAGCGCUUGUUUCAUGUGAAAUUGGGAUUGUUUGAAUCGACUAAAGUGAACAACUUUGCAUGCGUAAAGAAAAACGUGGCCAUCCUGGAGGGGCGAUGGACUAAUCCUAUGGAGAACCGAAGAUUACCGAUGCCGUGUCACAAUAAAAUAAAUAAAUGUAUUUGCAUGAUUAAUGCCUAAUGAAAUGAAUUUCCAUGUGUCUCAUUUGUGCUUGCCGUUCAAAAUAGUUAACCCAAAAGAAGCUAGCAGUGUAAUUUAACAGUCUUAUUGAAACAUUCAGUGAUUGUUUUAAGGAAGUCAUUCGAAAACCUCCAAAUAACCUAGAAAAAGCACUGGUGGAAAUAGUACUAACAUGUAAUACUGUAGUAUAAGGCAAGACGCCUUAAUAGAAAAUGACUCAAAAGUGAAAGUCGCCCAGUAAAAUACUACUUGAGUAAAAGUCUAAAAGUAUUUGGUUUGAAAUAUACUUAAGUAUCAAAAGUAAAAGUAUAAACCAUUUCAAAUUCCUUAUAUUAAGCUUAUAUAUAUAUAUAUAUAUAUAUAUUUUUUUUUGAUGGAUAGCCUGUGGCACACUCCAACACUAAGACAUAAUUUACAAACAAAGUAUUUGUGUUUAGUGAGUCCACCAGAUCAGAGGCAGUAGGGAUGACCAGGGAUGUUCUCUGUUUAGUGAGUCCACCAGAUCAGAGGCAGUAGGGAUGACCAGGGAUGUUCUCUGUUUAGUGAGUCCACCAGAUCAGAGGCAGUAGGGAUGACCAGCGAUGUUCUCUGUUUAGUGAGUCCUCCAGAUCAGAGACAGUAGGGACGACCAGGGAUGUUCUCUGUUUAGUGAGUCCUCCAGAUCAGAGGCCGUAGAGAUGACCAGGGAUGUUCUCUGUUUAGUGAGUCCUCCAGAUCAGAGGCAGUAGGGAUGACCAGGGAUGUUCUCUGUUUAGUGAGUCCUCCAGAUCAGAGGCCGUAGAGAUGACCAGGGAUGUUCUCUGUUUAGUGAGUCCACCAGAUCAGAGGCAGUAGGGAUGACCAGGGAUGUUCUCUGUUUAGUGAGUCCUCCAGAUCAGAGGCAGUAGGGAUGACCAGGGAUGUUCUCUGUUUAGUGAGUCCUCCAGAUCAGAGGCCGUAGAGAUGACCAGGGAUGUUCUCUGUUUAGUGAGUCCACCAGAUCAGAGGCAGUAGGGAUGACCAGGGAUGUUCUCUGUUUAGUGAGUCCUCCAGAUCAGAGGCAGUAGGGAUGACCAGGGAUGUUCU